AUGGUAUCAGGAAACGCGACGCCGAAUACAUCACGAGGUCGCCCUUCUGACCUCUGGCGUCGGCUUACCUCGCGGGAUCCUUCGCCCACAGCCAACUUCGUCUAUUAUGACGGCGCAACGAGCCCAAAAUCAAUCCACAAUCAUUUGGUCGAUCCCAUCGAGGAGCCACGCUCGAUUUCUGGUCCCCAGUUGGUCCUCCUGAACAAUGGCUCUGUGGCCAGAGAUCAUCUGGCUUCCGAAAGAACGUUUAUGGCGUACGUUCGAACGAGCCUUGCCCUCUCGUCCGCUGGAGUUGCGAUGAUGCAGCUAUUACAUAUUGGCAUAGGCCCUAGCCAUGAAACAGCUCGUACUCUUGCUGCUCUGGCAAUUGCGACUGGUCUCUUGGUUCUGAUUAUUGGGACCUUUCGAUUCUUCCUGGUCCAGAGAACAUUGGUGAUGACUGGACGAUUCCCUGUGGCCACAUUAGGGAUAGCGACUAUCGGAGCAUCCAUCGUUGGAUUGGUAUUUGCUGCACUGUACAUAUUGACUGAAGAUUAA